AUGGCAUCCAUGACUUCACCAGACGAAGCGCACAUCAGCAUGGACUCUCCAGCCGGAGCUAUCGAAGCAGUCGUGGGGUCGUUUCUCAACCUCCCGUCCGUCCCCGCCCUCACACAGCCCACCGAAGCCAAAGCCGCGUCGGCCGAGCCAAACACCUCCGCUGGCGACGCGAACAGCGACGAGUGCGAAAGCAGCGACGAUGGCGACGAUAGCGAAGACGGCGACGACGAAGCCGGCAACCAGAUGGAUCUGAUGCUCGCUAUGAUGCGACUGCUGCAGAAGCAAAUGCCGAAAAAGAAGAAGACGGUUUGUAGCAAGAGCAAGAGCAAAAGCAAGGCGAUUGAAUCCGCGACGCCGCUGCUGAAUGGACGGGGAUCCUCCAUGGAUCAGGAGCAGCUGCUCACCGUUCUCUCUAAAGCACUUUCUACUAUGGAUUCCCCCGACGACGAGCCCGCCACGUCGACCCCCAAGCAGAAGCGCGCCAAGCUGAGCGCCGAUAACAAGAAGCCCGCCGGCCCGCGCCAAAUGCCCCAGCUGGCGCGCCCUUGCGCGGAUUCCGCCGCGCCCGCGCAGCAGAAGGGGAAUGUGGGGGGUUGCGGCGCGGAGGGAGGCGAGGAUACGAUUCUGCAUUGCUUUAUGGAUCAGCUGCCGCAGAUCGACGGUCACCUGGACGCGAUGAUCGCGGCGGCGGAUGCGGCGGUUGACCCGCAGGAAGCGCAGCCGUCGCCGACGGAGCACGUGAGCAGCAGCGCAGGUGCGAGCGCCAGGGGCUGCUCCGCGCAGCAGAACAAUGCGCGCGACGACGGCGCGGGAUCAGGCUCUCGGUUCCCCCCGCCCAACACGCCGCAUUUCUCGGCGCACGAGCGGCAAACCGGGUCGUGGGACGCCGUCAGCAGCAGCAGCAUGGAUAGCUCCGCUGCCGCCGCCGCCGCCGCCGCUGCCGCAGCGCUCGCGGUCAACUCGCGGAAGCGCAAGUCGGGGGAGGACGGGGGAGCGUAUGCGGGGAACGGGGGGAACGGUGAGCAGGCGGCGAUCAGCAGCCGGUCGGCGUCAGAGGCGCGAUGGAACGGAAACGGACAGAUGCAGGAGUGCCGGCCGCUGUCGCUGCCACACCCAACGAGCAACGGCCCUGUGGUUGUGAGCAGGCAGCAGAUGCAGCAGUCAGCGUGCAAGCCGCCCCUUCUCUCGCUCCCUGCCGCCUGCCUCGCCACUCCUGGCUCUGCGCCUCUGCUCCGCGCGCCCGUCUCGAAUGCGUCCGCCGCUUCCGCCCCGCCUCCCCCUGCCACCCCCCUCCGCAUGCUCACCGUCCCUGCUGACGUGUCCCCCAACGCAGCGCCCAUGGCGCGGCCGAACGUGAUGGACAGGUUCGGCGGUGUGGGGGAGGAUUUGUCGGCUGAUCAACCCCUGGGGUUUCCAGUGAGGUUCGGAGGCAAGCGCAUGGAUGAUUGUUACACUGACGGUACUGGUAACCAUGCAUCAGGAAAUGGUGGUUACAACGACAGUGGUAACGGGUGCGACGAUGGAGGCAUGGGUUACGAUGACAUGGGUGGAGAUGACAUGGACGACUGGAUGCCGCGCAGCCGCGGCCGCAAGGACCGGCAGGUGGUGGGCGGGCGCAUCAAGGCGCGGAGCAUGGCGGAGAGGCAGAGGCGGGAGAGGAUCAGCGAGGGGCUGCAGAAGCUGCGAAUGGCAGUCCGUGGCCAUGGGGACACGGCCACCAUGCUGGAUAAUGCUGUCGCGUACGUGCAGGCGCUGCAGAGGCGAGUGACAUCGCUCGAGACAAACAUGCUGCUGCACCAGGCGUCCUGUGGGGGUCUUGGUCAGGCUGGGGGCGCACUCGGCGGUGGCAACGGAUCCAACUCCAAUAACAGGGGCCGCCAUGCUAAUGGCUUCAUCAACCCCUCCCAGUUUGGUUCUCUUUUUGGCUUGGACCUCCUCCUCUCGCCGCGCUUCCCAUUUCCGCGUUCCCCCGCCCAUCGUCGCGCCACCCGCUGUCGCGCCAACGAACCUUUCGUCGCGCAUCCUCUCGUACCUCGCCUCCCAUCGUCGCGCCUCCUCGCCGCGCCUCCCGUCGUCACGCCUCCCGUCGUUUCUGGGAGCCUCCGCUCGUCGCGCCUCCGCUCGCCUCGUCGCCCCUCCGCUCGCCUCGUCGCGCCUCCGCUCGCCUCGCCGCGCCUCCGCUCUCCUCGCCGCGCCUGCGCUCGCCUCCGCGCGCCUCCUCUCGCCUCGUCGCGCUUCCUCUCGCCUCGUCGCGCCUCUGCUCGCCUCGUCGCGCUUCCGCUCGCCUCGCCGCGCCUCCACUCGCCUCGCCGCGCCUCCGCUCGCCUCGCCGCGCCUCCCUGCCAUCAGCGCGCCAACACCCUCGUCGCGCUGCCCCUCCUCGCCGCGCCUCCACUCCCGCUGUCCUUCUCCCACCUGUCCUCCCUUGCCGUCGGUUCCCUGCCCUUCCAUUCCCUCUUGUUACCUUCCCCUUAUUUUUCCCUCUGCUUCCCCUCGUUCCCCCCUCUCCUUCCCUUCCCCUGCUUCCAAUCAUUUCUCCACCUGCUUCCCCUCAUUUACUCCCCUGCUUCCUCUCGCUUUCCCCUAUGCUUCUCCUCGUUUCCCCCUCUGCUCUCCUCGUUUCCCCCUCUGUUCUCCUCGUUUCCCCCUCUGCUCUCCUCGUUCUCCCUGUGCUUUCCCUCAUUUCCUCCCCCCCUUCCCCUCAUUUCCCCCGCUCCUUCCCCUCAUUUCUUUCCCUGCUUCCCUUCAUUUCCCUUCCUGCUUCUCCUCAUUUCCCUCCCUGCUUCCCCUCGUUUCCCCCCCUGCUUCCCCUCAUUUCCCCCGUUGAUUCUCCUCAUUUCCCUUCUUGAUUCCCCUCAUUUCCCUCCCUGCAUCUCCUCAUUUCCCUUCAUGCUUCUCCUCAUUUCCCUCCCUGCUUCCCCUCGUUUCCCCCCCUGCUUCCCCUCAUUUCCCCCGUUAAUUCCCCUCAUUUCCCUUCUUGAUUCCCCUCAUUUCCCUCCCUGCUUCUCCUCAGUUCCCCCCUUGAUUCCCCUCAUUUCUCUCCCUGCUUCCCCUCAUUUCCCUCCCUGCUUCCCCUCAUUUCCCCCCUUGAUUCUCCUCAUUUCCCUCCCUGCUUCUCCUCAUUUCCCCCCUUGA